AUGUUGUCGCUGCCAGCACCCCGACUGCACUCGGUGAAGACAUCUCGAUCACGACAACAGUCCCCAAUCGUAUAUCUACUCGUCGCCGCCGGCCUCCUCAUCUUCUUCCUGCAUAACCGAUAUGGGAACCAAGCCGUUGUCGAGGUCGUCGCCGACACCAGCUCACUCGACACCGAGAGCCCUGUUACAUCGACUCCAGCGAAGCCCAAGAUCACAAAGAAGCCAAAGUACAAACCACAGCCAACAUGGACUCCGCCUCCGAUCACAGAUCCUUUCCCGCUGCUGUCGUCCGGGAUGCCACCGCCAGUUCCCGCUUGGAACAAGCCUGCGAAGCCCAAUGUCUGUUUCAACUAUUCCCUGUCCACCCCGCCUCCGCUACUCAUUGGCUUCACGCGGAGUUGGCCGUUGCUGCUCCAGACGGUCGUUGGAUACGUGACGGCCGGGUGGCCGGCGGACCAGAUAUACGUCGUGGAGAACACGGGGGUGCAUGACGCAAACGCCAGAGGUCGGCUGUCGCUGCAGAACCCCCUCUAUCUCAACUACACUCAGUUGCACAUGCUGGGCGUUCAUGUCAUGCGCACGCCGGUUCUGAUGAGUUUUGCUCAGCUGCAGAACUACUUCGUCACCGUGGCGAAGGAGAAGCCGUGGUCGUACUACUUCUGGAGUCAUAUGGAUUCCUUUGUUAUGUCGUACGAAGAGGGUAUGGAGGGAAUCUCGGGACCCGUAAACACGCCCGAAUACCAGACGAUUUACGAGCUAGCCGUCAAAGAGCUGAACCACACCAUGCGAUCCGACCACAAAUGGGGAGCCCGGUUCUUCGCCUACGACCACCUGACGCUCGUUAACCCGCGGGCAUACGGCGCUGUCGGCGGCUUCGACACAUUCAUCCCUUACUACAUGACGGACUGCGACAUGCAUUGGCGACUCGAGGAAGCGGGGUGGAGCGUCAAGGAGGCGAAGGCAGGCAUAAUCCAAGACGUCGCGACAGUCCUUGACGACUUGCGCGUUCUGUACCGAGAGGGGGAAAUUCCUGAGGGAUUCGGCUACACGGACCCGAACCCACCGCCAACGAACAAAGACGCGAUCACGACAAGGAAAAGAAAACGAAGUCUGCCCGUCCCCGAACUUGACAUCUCCGGCGCCCCCGUCGACCCCCCCGUGGAGAGCUCCGGGGAGCAGUCCCCGGGGACCGUCGAUCCCUUGGUGUCUUUCCGAGCCCUUCACCGCAUCUCCCAAGACAUGUUCAAUCACAAGCACGCGGACCGGGAAAGGAAUACCUGGCAACUGGGACAAAGGGGAGGAGACUACGAGCCGUACUAUUACGACCCCCUUGGGUUUCAAGAAGCUAUAGACGUCAUGACCGAGGCAGGUAGAGAAGUCUUUCGUAGAAAAUGGGGGCACCGUGACUGCGACUUCGGCGCAGCUGGGUUACAACCCAGCGAUGCCUGGAGGGUGGAGAAGGACUGGGAAACAUAA